ACUUUACAGCCCAGUACGUACACUGUGUGACAUGAUACUCAUUAGUGAAAACUAAACUUAACGACCUUGCACACGGAGUUACAAGAUAUAAAUCUAAGUGUACCUGAGAUAGCCAUCUAUCGAUAAAUUCAGAAGAUUAUUGGAAUUGAGAAACCCUUAUUUCCAGAAUCUACACUGUCAACUAAAACCCCUGUUUUUUUUUCAACUUCUGAUGAACAAAUUUUAUAUCUCUUUUAAACAAAAUGAAAGCAAGUUUUCAGCUAUAAGCUACUGUAACCUUCCUCAUAUCUGCAGUCUAUGUCGUUUGAACGCAUGACAUUUUGUCCUACAGAUUGACCGCUGUGUUCGUAAAGGAAAUACGUCACAGGUUUUUUCGUCUAUUGGUUCACUUUUAUUGUGACUUUUGCCUGAUGCAUUAGAGUUCAGAUAAUGUUACACAAUCAAAAUGGUCAGAGUAUGUACAACCGUCAGUCGUUUCAGCCAGAGAAAGAAUUUGGUUACCCUAGUGUUUCUGGUCAGCACGCUUAUAGUGCUCUUAACUCGAAUGUGACUGAUACUUACCCGCAAGGUCACCCAAACAGCAGCUUCCAGCCACCACCCAACUACUAUGCGGGAAACCAAGGACAGACCUUUCAACCACAAUCGCAGCCUUCAUAUUAUUCUGCUCAGUCAAUGCAGAGUAUGAAUCAACCACCAUUACCACCCAUGCCUCCUGUCCCAAACCAUCAGGAUUUCGUCCAACGUCCUCAGCAGCCGCGUCUUCCUCCGAUGCCACCAAUGCCUCCGGGACCUGAAGGAGUUCCACCACCCAGUUAUCGACAGCCUCAACCUCCAGGUCCAUUUCCAUUGUCAAAUGGUGCCAACAGCCAGAUAAAUACAUUACAUUCUCAACAGCCAUAUCAAAAUGGACCAGUAUCCAGACAACCACAGUUUUCUCAAAGUAUAAAUGCAGAUAGAUUACCUAGUCCUAUCGAGGUUAUUGAGAGCAAUCGGGCUCAAUGUACUGGACCUUUUUAUACAGGACAACGAGGUGUUGUGCCUCCUCUAGUCACAACUGACUUUAUAUCACGUGACCAGGGUACAUGUGCACCUUGUUUCAUCCGAUCUUCACUAUACUCUGUUCCGAAUACAUCAGAUCUCCUUAAAACUGUUGGAAUCCCUUUUUCACUUACAAUAUCUCCAUUCGCUGUACAACAUACAGAAGAUAUGAAUAUUGUGAUUAGCGAUAUGGGUCCACAAGGUCCAGUUCGAUGUGUUCGAUGUAAAGCCUACAUGAAUCCCUUCAUGAAUUUUAUUGACGGUGGUCGAAGGUUCCAAUGUCCACUUUGUAAUGGUUUAACUGAAGUUGCCGCUGAAUAUUUUGCUCAUUUAGAUCAUACUGGACGUCGAGUUGAUGCAGGUCAAAGACCUGAACUAUGUUUAGGCAGUUACGAAUUAUUAGCAACAGCGGAAUAUUGCAAAAACAACCAGUUACCUUUACCUCCAGCCAUCAUAUUUCUACUAGAUGUUUCUCAAUCUGCUAUACGUUCAGGUUUAGUACAGCUAUUCUGCUCCCAAUUCGUAGAACGUAUUCUACCAAAUUUACCUAGGGAAAAGUUUGCAUCAUCAGAUAUGGCUAAUCCAAUUCGAUUGGGAUUUAUUACAUAUGAUCAUCAACUUCACUUCUAUACUGUACCUCGUGAGUCGUCAUCAUCCGCUCAACAAACAUCUGAAUCAGCAGAUCAGAACACUUAUAACUCUUAUGGUAAACCUCAAAUGUACAUUGUAGCGGAUAUUGAAGAUGUGUUUGUGCCUACAGUCGAAGGCUUCUUGAUACCACCUGAUCCUGUUGUCAUUUCUAGUAUCUUGGAAAUGAUACCUACUCAAUUUUGUACAGAGAAUGCUUUAAAUAGACAACCUACAGAUAGUGUAUUAGGCCCAGCUAUUCAAUCUGGAAUGGAAGCUUUACGUGCUGCAAAUCGUUCUGGAAAAUUAUUUGUCAUACAUGCUAAUCUACCAAUUGGUGAAGCACCGGGUAAAUUGAAAAAUCGAGAUGAUCGCCGUCUUAUAGGAACUGAAAAAGAAAAAACCUUACUUCUUCCAGAUAAUGAUUUUUAUGUUGGACUUGGUCAAACAUGCGUAGAAGUUGGUUGCAGUGUAGAUCUUUUUCUUUUUCCCAAUUCAUUUGUUGAUAUUGCUUCUUUAGCUGAAGUGCCCAGAAUAACAUCUGGUCGUUUAUUCAAAUAUAACUGUUUCCAGGCUGACCUACAAGGUCAUCAGUUUUUGGCCGAUCUCCAACGUACUUUAACCAACCUACAAGCUUUCAACGCUGUUAUGCGUGUUCGAACAAGCACUGGUAUUAGACCUGUUGAAUUCUUUGGUAAUUGUUACCUACCUAAUACAACUGAUGUUGAAUUGGCUAGUGUUAGUUCAGAUAUGGCGAUCACAGCGGAAUUACGUCAUGAUGAUAAACUUCAAGAAGGUGAACUCGUAUUCAUUCAAGUUGCAUGUCUUUAUACUUCAGUAUCUGGACAACGAAGGUUACGUAUUCAUAAUCUGUCAAUUCCAGUGACAAGUAUGAUACCUGAUAUAUUUCGUCUUGUCGAAUUAGACGCACAUAUGAAUUGGUUGAGUAAAUAUUCAAUGCGUUCUCUACUCAACCGUACACAUUCACAAGUAAUGGAUGAUUUAACAACAAGAGCUGCUAACACCUUGGCUGCUUAUCGUCGUCAUUGUGCUUGCGGUCCGAAUGAUGUAAAUUCGAAUCCUAGUGAAUUAGUAUUACCACAAAAUAUGAAAGUAUUUCCUUUGUACAUACAAUGUCUUAUGAAAACUGAAGCCUUUAGUCCUGCUGAUGGUAUUACAAUUGAUGAUCGUUGUUGGCAAAUGUUUUUGGUCAACCAAAUGGACGUUAAACAAUCCAAUUGUUAUAUUUAUCCUCACUUAUAUCCUAUUCAUGAUCUUUCACUGAAUUUCGAAGGUGAUAUACCUUAUCCUCCAGCUGCUAUACGCUGUUCAUAUGAUCGUUUACAAAUGGACGCAGCUUAUUUAUUGGAUAAUGGAAUUUAUCUUAUCAUGUGGAUCGGUCCAAAUAUUUCAUCGGAAUGGAUUCAAGCAGUGUUCAAUGUUCAAAAUCCGGAACAUUUUGAAUCAGAAAAAAUCUAUGAUUUGUGUAAUUUUGAUAACGAAAUUUCACGUAAUCUGUGUACAUUGCUGAGAAAAGUUCGUAAAAAUUGUUGGCAUUAUUCUCGGUUAUUGGUUGUACGUCCUGGAGAUAAAAGUGAACUAUGGUUUCGACGUUUCAUGGUCGAGGAUCGAUGCAGUAGUAAUUCGAUUUCAUACACAGAAUAUCUAUGUCACAUUCAUAAAGAAGUAUCCAGUUUACUACAUUGAUAUUAAUGAUGAUAAUAUGAGCAUUAUCGAUAUGGGUUGGUGCCUAGAUUGCUGGUCUAGUUUAAUCCCUUAUUUUGGUUUUGUUUAUUCCAAGCAAAUACUUUCUUAGUCUUAGCAGCAUGAAAUUCUUUGAAUGCCUUACUCUCUCUUCUUAUGUACUUUUAUUGUUGGAGAACAAUUUUUUUUAAAAAAAACAUUCAUUUAUAUUUACAUCAAUCUCAAUCUGGUAUUUAUUCUUGCGAGGAUCCCUUUAAAAUGUGUUAUGAUUAGUGCUUCCUUGAAAUACUUCAACAAUUUCUGGCCUAUAUAUUAGUGUAAUGCAUCGUGUAUAUGUGUGUAUAACUUCUAUUCACACGCAGUAUAAACCCUAUUACAUAUAAAGUUGGAUAUAGAUUUUAUGUAUGAAAAUAAGAAAGUUAGACGGGGCCAAAUUAUGAACACACACAGAUACAUACACGGUGCUUGUAUUUUCUUUGUUACUGUCCUUAGUUUGUUAUAAUCACCACAUUAGUUUCACAGUUGGUUACUUUUUGCUUCAUUUGCUUUCUUCAUUAAUUCAAUAUGAUCCUAUCGUUUUAGAUGAAUAAUUAAAAAAAGCAACCUAUUUUGAUUCUUUGAAUUACAUCAAGUAGUGUUAUUUUGCGUUUACGCUCACGGGUACGCAUAUCCAACUCAACCUCUUUUAAUGAAUCGUCAUCAUCACCAUAAUUGUAAUCAAUAGGGAUUCAUUUAUCCUUACUCUCUUUCUAUGCCUUGUUCUUUCCCUCCCUCUCUUUCUUUUUGUCUUCUGUUCACUGUGUUGCUUAAAAUAGGUCAAAAUGGUAAGAAUAUUACUUAUUAUUGUGAGUUUGAAUAGUAGUGAAUGUUGUUGGUUUUCUUUUUACCACUACCGUGAAGAAUCCACCAUCUUAUUUCCCCCCCUUGUUUACCCUGUAUCCUGAAACUAAUGUAAUUUAUACUUUAAAUUGUUGUUGUAUUCUGGUUUUGUUUUGUUUUGCUUUGUUUCGCUUAUUAAUUAAAUACAUUGAGAAUAGUGUACUGGUUUGUUCUACUUUUGUUGUUGGUUGUAAUUAUUUUGUGAUAAUAAUUUUCUGAUUUCCCUGUGUAUAUGUGUGUGUGUGUGUUUCUGUGUGGGGUUUUUGUGGAGAAUAACAUUCACAGAAUGAUCUAUGAAAAGGGAACUAUUGACUUAUUGAUAGUUUUGAUUGAAUGACAUUAGUGUUAUGUAUUAUUUUUUUUCUGAAUUGUUUCUUCUUUUUUUUUCCUUAAAGGUUUUCUCGUAUAUAUUUUGAAUUUAUCAUGAAUUUUUCUUAUGUUCCAUUCUUAUGGAUUAUUGGAAUGUUUGUUUGAAUUAAUAUACAUUCUCAUGAAUAACUUAUUCACAACAUCUAAUCUACUCUGAUGUGUUAUGUUUAAUGAUGAUGAAGGUUUACGUAUUAAUAAUAGGCUUUAGAAUAAAAUAGGGACUCACUUUUAAUGUCAAGAUUACAGAUUGUUUUCAAAUCACUAAGAAUGUAGAUACAUUGAGUUAAAUUUUUGAAAAAAAAACAUGAAAAUAAACCACUGAGCCAGCAUCCAACGGUGUUAAUGUCU